AUGUCAACCGAAAUCCCCUUCACCGCAAACCACACUCAACAACCCUUCAAACUCCUCGAACUACCACCGGAACUCCUCACCCUUCUAGAAUCCGAUGUUCCUCCCACCCUCCUCCUAACUUCCUCUCCCCAACUCCCGCACCACGCACACCUCCUCGUAUCUCCUUCCACCUCCACCUCCACCUCAACCACUCAACCUCCCUCCACCAAAAAAAUCUACCUCCUCCGCCAAAAAAAUACUUCCAAUCCGCUUAUGCUUCUCUCCCCUUCUACUCACCUUUCUUCUCCCUCCACCACUCCUCAACCAAGCAUCACGAGAAUAGGAAGUAUAUCCGACACCAUUGAAUUAAUCGAAAAAGAAGAAGAGGUCAUUAGUGGAGAAGCAAACGAUAAAGAGAAAGAGCCCAAAGUCACGAAAAAGACGGCCACGGGAAAAGUAAAUAAAUGGCAUGAAAAAUUCGCUAAGAGUAGAGGGAAUGCUGCUAAUGCGAAUGUGAAUAUGAAAGGUUGA